AGCGGCAAGUCUGACAGUCGAUUGCACAAAUACUUUUUAGCUCUGGGAUCAAGUUAGAUUUUAGGUUUAGGUUUAGUAGGAUUAAGAACAAAGUUGUUGGUACUUUCAUCUCCAACCACCCCCACCCACAAAUGUCCCCUUAGCAAGUAGCCAUGACCUGACCUCCACGAUUGCCUUUGCACCCAUUGUGCCACCCAACCUCUACGCCUGCUUGAGAGAGCAUCUCUACCAACGAAUACUGAACUGUCAAAAUCGGAAACCAGAUAAUUUGCACGUAUUAUGCAUAGCAUUCAAUCUUCCAGGACUAGUUAAGAUUUUGAAAGCAAACUCUGCUGGAAUACCGUAAGAAAAUGAACUUCAUCCCGGAGCAAGAACUCGUCAUCAACCAACUGGAACGUGGCACCGUCGUGACCAAAUUUUUCUUCCGCAAAAGGGCUGAACGUCGGACACUUGCUGUUCGACGGGAGACAAAACAAGUAAUUUGGCAGCGCCCAAACAAUAAUGGUGGAAAUGGAGCUGGGAACGGAGCAGGGGGGCCCGUGACGAACAACCUCCGCGUCCUAUGCGAGGGCACCGUCGACAUUCGAGAAAUCAAACUACUCCGUCUGGGAAAAAACUCGAAAGAUUUCGACAAAUGGCCAGAUGACUCAAAACGGCACGACAGUUCUAAAUGUUUCGUAAUUUUCUACGGUUCAGAGUUUCGAUUAAGAACGCUAAGUAUUGCAGCUCUCUCAGAGAAGGAAGCAGAACUGUGGAUCAAGGGACUCAACUUUUUAAUCGCAGACAAUAACAAGACCCCAUACCCUCUUCAACUUAAUAUGUGGUUGAGAAAAGAGUUUUAUGGGAUGGAGAAUGCACGGGGGAAUAUUACAUUGAAGGAGUUAAAAACCUUUCUUCCAAAAGUGAAUUGUAAGAUGAGUACGACUCGAUUAAGGGAGCUAUUUCAAUCUGUGGAUACGAGAAAGACGGGAGAGCUCGGAUUUGACGAUUUUGCAACUUUGUUUCAUGACACUUUGGUAUUUGACAAGGCACCCUUCAAUGAUUACUUGUCACAGUAUUCCAAAGAUGGUGAGAUUGUUAGUUUCGACGAGUUUCGUCUUCUACUCGAAGUUGAGCAGAAAGAAAGCAAAGUGGAUGUGUGCGGCGUCAUAAGGGAGUAUCUACAGGAUCCACUGAGGGACGUGAAACAGCCACAUCUUACAGUGUCAGAGUUUGUGGACUACUUAUAUUCGAAACAGAAUGAGAUUUGGGACAGCAAAUACUCUGUCAUUCAUCAAGAUAUGACACGUCCACUUUCCCACUAUUGGAUUGCAUCCUCACACAAUACAUACCUUACUGGAGAUCAAUUUAGUUCGGAAUCCUCUGUUGAGGCCUAUGUUCGUUGUUUACUGCAAGGAUGUCGCUGUAUCGAGCUGGAUUGUUGGGAUGGACCAGAUUCGAUGCCAAUUAUUUUUCAUGGACACACACUCACUACAAAAAUUAAAUUUAUAGACGUGCUGAAAGCAAUUCGAGAUCAAGCCUUUAUUAGUUCAGAGUAUCCUGUGAUUCUAAGUAUUGAAGACCAUUGCACUUUGCCACAGCAGAGGAAGAUGGCGCAAAAAUUCCAAGAAAUAUUUGGAGAUAUGUUGGUGACGCAGUUCCUCGAUAAGAAUGAAAUACAGCUGCCUUCGCCAGAGCAACUCAAACGUCGAAUCAUUUUGAAACACAAGAAAUUGCCUGAAAAUGGAACCUUAGAAGAAGUUGCAAGCACGACGAGGCAACCUGAAGAGUUUUCCAAAGAUAUUGAUUUAUCCAACACAAUAAAAAAUGGAGUAAUGUAUUUGAAAGACGAUCUUGGGCUGGACUGGAUACCACAUUUCUUUGUUCUUACUUAUACGCAGCUGUCGUACACAGAAAUGACAACAGAUCAAGAUAUUAAUGACGAUACAGCAAGCAUUGAAGAAGCCAGUGAUCAAGAUGACCCUUCUGUUGUUGGUACCGCCAAGAGAAGUAAGAAGAAUGAAGACGAACUGCAUUUUAGUGAAGGGUGGUUUCACGGCCGAUUACGAGGAGGAAGAGGUGCAGCCAAUGAACUUGUUGAAAAGUAUGCGACUGAUUAUGGAGAUGGAACUUUCCUAGUGCGUGAGAGUGAAAACUUUGUUGGUGAUUACACCAUUUCAUUCUACAAAUCGAAUAAAGUGCAUCACUGCCACAUUCAUUCGAAAUAUGAAUGGGGACAAGUUAAGUAUUAUCUAGUGGACUCGUUAACAUUUGAUAGUUUAUACAGCUUGAUAACAAAUUAUCGAGGGAACCCUAUUCGUGGACUUGAAUUUCAAGUACGCCUCACCGAAGCAGUACCGCAGCCUCAGAGCCACGAGGGGAAGCCUUGGUUUCAUGCUAACAUUGAUAGAAAUGGAGCAGAAGAAUUAUUGCGACGAGUGCCUGUGGACGGUGCAUUUAUGGUUCGUACCAUUUCUCAUGAAGACGCCAGGUUUGCUAUUUCAUUUCGAGUUCAAAAGAAGAUCAAGCAUUGUGUGAUUAAAGAAGAGGGACGGCUUUUCACUGUGGGCAUUAACAAGUUUGAAACACUAGCAGAUUUGAUUUCUCACUAUUCGAAAUAUCCAUUUUAUCAAAAAGUUAAGCUAACACAAGCGGUCAAUCAGGAGUUGGUCAAGACUUUGGGGAAUAGUACAGAUGAUGAUGUCUACACUCAUACAGACUACUUGGACACAAAUGUAAUUUGUUCAGAUAAUAAUAACGUCAGAGUGCGUACGCUAUAUGACUACGAAGCCCGUCGUGCCGAUGAAUUAUCCUUUCGCAAGGGAGAAUUAAUCACAAAUGUGUCAAAGGAGCAUGAGGGAUGGUGGAGAGGAGUAUUAAUGACAGAGAACGGUUUGAUAAGUGAGCAGUCACUAAACGGAUGGUUCCCUUCGAACUAUGUGGAGGAAAUAGAGCCAGAUGAUGAAGAUGAACAAACUCCAUUGGGUUCUCUACAAAAAGGAUCAGUUGAAAUGACACUGGGGGCUUACGUAGAACUUCUUAAAAAUACAUCCUGCGAUUCGAUCCAGUAUGUUAUCAAAAUAUUUGCUGGAGGAACCUCCGUAGGCGUCGGGAACAGCUCUACAUCAGUUCCAUCCAUCCUCCUUGGUUUGAAAUGUGAACCAGAAGCCAAGGAAUGGGUUGAAGCAAUCCGAGAAGUGAGUGCAAGUGCAAGUGACCGAGAAAACAAGAAUAAAAGGAUUGAAAGGAUUAACCGGAUAGCAAAGGAGUUGUCCAGUCUAAUUGUUUACUGUUGCAGCGUUAACAAAUUUAAUUUAGAACGUGUCCGAGCGAAAGGAAGAGUGUUUUAUGAGAUGUACAGCUUUCCCGAAACUGCAGCUGAAAAAUGGAUGUGCGCUUCUGAGAAUUCCUUCUUCAUUUGGUACCAUCAAGUCCAGUUCAGUCGCGUAUAUCCCAAAGGACAACGACUGGACUCCUCCAACUACAAUCCUGUUCCUCUGUGGAAUUCGGGUUGCCAAAUGGUUGCGCUGAAUUAUCAAACCCCAGACAAAGCUAUGCAAUUGAACCAUGGAAAAUUCCGACAAAAUGGAAGAUGUGGCUACGUUUUAAGACCAGAGUUUAUGUUUCAAUCUGAUGAGGACUCCAUGAUAGUUUCGCCAUUUGAAAAUAUUGUCAUCACCAUCGUGGUUCUUGGUGCACGACAUCUCUCCAAAUCUGGCAGAGGAAUUGUGAGUCCUUUCGUUGAAAUUGAGGUAAUUGGAAACUCUUCAGAGGCCAGGAAAACUAAAACCUUUCCAGACAAUGGACUCAAUCCGUACUGGAAUGAGACUUUUGACUUUGAAAUAGUGUGCCCCGAUUUGGUGAUGAUAAGAUUUGUAGUGUAUGAUGAGGACAUGUUUGGUGACCCUAAUUUUAUUGGACAAGCUUGUUAUCCCUUGAAAUGCUUGAGGGAGGGUUACAGAAGUAUUCCUCUCCAAAACGGGUUCGGAGAAGACUUGGAACUGAGCUCUCUACUUGUGCGUUACUCCGUAAAGCCGGCUGUGAGCCCUUUUUAACACUACUCCCAAUGAUUUGAAUUAUUAUUAGUAUUUUGGUAGACUUGUUUAUAUAAUGCCCAACCCACAAAUUCAAAGUCUGUUGAGACUAGAGAAUUACUAUAUCACGAUAUUCACAAUUGAUUACUAAGUCAUCGAUUAUCUAGAUACGUACGUAAUGCAUCCAAACAUUUAAAUGACGCAGAGAUGUGGGUUGUUAGUUUUUGUGAUUGGUUAGUUCAAGGUUCCUUUUCCCGUUCGAAAUAUACUGAAUCGAAGUCGCAGCUAUAUAAGUAGAAUUUAUUAAAUGUUUGUAUUUGCUAUUUUCAUUUUCUUCGUCCACUAGUUUUAAGAUAGUACUUUGAGUAGUAGGGGGUAGGAAUGACGAUGACGACGUGUUAUUAAACUGUCGCAAACACGCAACGUGGUUUAUAUUAUAGAGUCGAUGCAUUCAUCUAUGUAAUAGCAAUGUCGGAUCGAAUCAUGAACCAAUUCUUUCUCCCCAUGUGUGAUGGAAUUCGGUUCAGAUAUGUAUGUUACAUCAUAUAAAAAUCAUGUUACAGAAUUAAGUAAAGAAUUAGGCAAAUGUGCGCAGUUUGUGGAAAGGAAUUAGAUUUUUAACGCAAUUCGGCACAUAAAAAAAUGUUAUUUUUAUUUGUGCUUUAUGUAUGUAUAAUACAUGAAUGCAUGCUUUCUCAUUGUAAGCAAGGCCCGAUACUCAAUAAAUGGGAUGUAUGUAUAGUAUAAUAUUUUAUGUGCGAAACGGGUAGGUGGGUGCGUAUGUGGAUGGUUGUAAUUGCUGAUAAAACAAACAGUGAGACAAAACAAAAGUAUUUCUUAGUUGUAAAUGUUCUGUGACAGGAUUUAACACUUGUUUUUAUUCUAAAAUCGUCAUCUAUUCACAUAAUGACAAUUUUAUGGUUUACUGAAAGUAAACUAAAUUUUUACCUACUUACUCAAUUUUUAUUGUAAUCAUCGCUACCUGACAAAUUUUAACCAUGUAAUUUUAUUCCAAUCUAAUUCCAAAGUCUGUGUUCUUGUAUCUUUCCAGCCGAAAUGUGUAAGUAACUUACAGCAGUAGUUAGUGCUGUGCAACUUAUUUUUCUUUGUGCACUCCUCAAUAAUCAUUCACACUAAAAGGCAAUCAACUUGUGAGAACCUUGUAAAAUUAACUUAUUAUAAGAUCAAACUUAUCAUGUUUUUUAAAACGCUUGCAUGAAAUAAAGCUGUUCGGGUCAAUCAAAUCAAUCAAAACUUUUUAAAAGAAGGCAAUGUAACAAAGUACUGAUAAUACAUAAAUAAUAUAUUAUUAUAAACGUGCUCUUGUUACUACUAUUCCCUUGAUCAUAAAAGUUUUAACCGUAUAUAUUGUUUUAGAAAGUUUUGUUGUAAGUUUUUAACUGUAAACAAGAAAAUGUGUGAGAAACAAAUGUAACCAACUAUGUACAAGCAGAAACGAAUAAAAGCUGCUUCGCAGAUAUUUUAUUUACCGA